AUGUCUUGGAAGCCAUUCUUUUCUCAAGGUGUAGCCAAUUUCAAGGCUAAUCGGCACGAGGCAGCUCUACAGUGCUUUACCGAGGCUCUCAAUAACGGCGGCGAGAAUCAGUACAUCAUCUACGACUCACGCGCCGCUGUAUACGAGAAACUUGGAAACCUCAGAGACGCGCUCAAAGACACGAAGAAGACAAUUAACACUGCUCCGGAACGGUGGCAGGGCUAUGCAAGAGCAGCGCGUCUCUUCCUCAAAGUCCAAAAGCCUGACUCAUCUAUGAAGAUGGUGGACAUGGCUUUGAUCAAAGUUUCUCCAGGCGAUGAAAAGAAACGCCUUGAGCUGACUUCGUUGAAGGAAACUGUCGGUCUUGCUCUGGAAGCAGUUGUCGCGCAACGCAAAAGCGCCCAGAAUCACGCUGCGAUGCUGCCUGUGGAAAUUUUUGGAGAGAUGGCCAAGUUUUUACUCAGCUCUGACCCAAGCGCGUUGAUUACCCUGCUGCAUGUUUCAAGGUCAUGGAGAGAUGUUGUUUGGAGUACAUCAGCAUUGUGGCACACUCUGGUCGUUGCUCGUUGUCGCCCAGGAGAGAAAGUAAAGCUUUGGGUUGAACGGUCGAAAGGGAGGAUUCGGGAGCUUCAUAUUUUGCGCUCGGCUUCUGAAAGCCAUUGGGACGGCCAACACCUCGAUGGAAUAAACUGGGAAGCAUUGCGCAUUUGCAAGGUUCAAGGCUGGCACUUCAGCAACUUUCUCCAUGAGAAUUCGUUAACUCACAUUCUUGCUAACCUCGAUACACUAGAAUUUGAUCACAUAGGUGCGAUACGCACCCUACGAGAAGUGCUCUUUGCCAAGGAUAUGAAAGUUCAGCACUUGACUCUAAGCCACGUCUUGGUGUCAUGGCAAAACUUAACAAAUCCGCUUCUGGAAACCCUGGUCCUUGACUUUCCCUCCUACUCCCUCAUGCCACCCAGACAUAACAAAGAAGUCGCCCUUGAUUUUUCAUAUCUUACUCGACUCGAACUUGCCAAAAUGCCACAGUUACAAGUGCUGAUCCUUCAAGGUCUUCGUACCCCUGUCGACGACGGCCUCCAGUCUCUCACACGACACGGCUCUGUACAUCUUACUGAUGUUGUCCUUCGACGUUGCUCAGUGGCAAAUAGCAACCAUCUCAUCUCCUUUUUGGAAUCCCUUCCACUAUUGAAAAAUCUAGAACUGUCGUACACAACAAACGUCGCCCACAAUCUUCUACAGGCGCUUGCACCCGAGCCCUCUCUUGACAACUCUGGCACUGCAACAGCAGAUCAAAACACCCUCAUGUGCCCCUCUUUAACCCAUCUUAACCUGACCCAUUGUCCAGAAGUCAAAACUGGCCCACUUGUGCGUCUGGUUAAAUCUCGACUAGCCCAACCUGAAAUGACGCGGAUUGUGUACCUUACCGUCGAUGGAUGUGACCAUGUGGAGGCCGAUUGGGUCAAGUGGUUUAGGGAGAAGGUCCCCAAUUUUUCCUGUGUAUAUUUAACAAAAAAAGCAGCAACGUACAGGCGGUAA